UCCAUUCAUCAAAAAAGAAAAAAGAAAGAAAAGAAAGAACGAAAGAAAAGCAAACAAAGAAGAGAGCGAGGGAGAGGGAGAAAAUUGCCUUGAGCAAGAAGAAAAACUCCCAACUCGAAUGUAACUGGGGACUGCAGAGCGGAAACGGAAACGGAAAGCCCUUGCUGAAUCGGAAAGACGGAAGCGGCAUCGUAGAAUAUGUUCAGAAACCAGUACGACACGGACGUGACGACAUGGAGCCCAGCCGGGAGGCUAUUCCAGGUGGAAUACGCGAUGGAGGCAGUGAAACAAGGGUCCGCCGCAAUAGGGCUCCGAUCUAAGACCCAUGUGGUCCUCGCUUGCGUUAACAAGGCUAACUCCGAGCUUUCCUCUCAUCAGAAGAAGAUCUUCAAGGUCGAUGACCACAUCGGAGUUGCCAUUGCCGGCCUCACCGCCGACGGUCGAGUUCUCUCCCGUUACAUGCGAUCCGAGUGCAUCAACUACAGCUACACCUUCGAUUCACCGCUUCCUGUCGGUCGCCUCGUCGUUCAACUCGCCGAUAAGGCUCAGGUUUGCACGCAACGGUCAUGGAAACGGCCUUUUGGAGUUGGUCUCUUGGUAGCAGGUUUAGAUGGCUCUGGAGCUCACCUCUAUUACAACUGCCCCAGCGGGAACUACUUUGAAUAUCAGGCUUUUGCAAUUGGAUCUCGUUCACAAGCUGCAAAGACAUAUUUAGAACGCAGAUUUGAGAGCUUCACGGUCUCCUCACGGGAUGAUCUGAUCAAGGAUGCACUCACUGCUACAAGGGAAGCAUUACAAGGGGAAAAACUCAGGAGUUCUAUAUGUACUAUUGCUGUGGUUGGAGUUGGUGAGCCAUUCCACAUAUUGGAUCAAGGAACUGUACAAAAGUUGAUUGAUGAUUUUGAGAUUGUGAGAGAGGAAGAAAGCCCUCCUGCUGAACCUCAGCCAACGGCUGAGCAGGUUGCUGCUGCUGAUCAGGGUUCUAGUGCAGUUCAGGGUGCUGCAGCAGACCAAGGAGGUGUUGCUCCAAUGGAUAUUUGAUGAUUUAAAAACAAAAACCGUUGUCAUGUUAGAGAUGAGCAGUCAUUAUGGGAGUUUGGUGGUUUUGCCGCCAGUCCUUUCUGUUUCUGCAAUUUUACCGCAGCACAUUAUUGAAAAUGAUUUAAUGCCACUGUUGAUGGACAUAAAAGAUGCGAUCGAAGUUACAGUACAGGAUAUAAUCCAUUGACAAUAUGCGGUAAAAAAUGAUAGGCAACCCGGUGUUUGGGUUGUAGCAUCCUGAAUUUUGGAAAAGUUGGCCAGACUUAACAGUGUCUUUAUCUGGUAUGAUAAUUUUCAUUUUCAUUCGGAUGUCAUCUCUUUUAUAUGCUAUAAAUUGUUGUUUAAGGACUU